ACUCGUUCUUCCGCAUGCAACGACCAUUUGUUCUUGCCCGUAGUCCCCCGUACUGGCCGUGGUUGCCGUACUCACCCGCAGUAUGCCGGCAGCUUAACCUGCUCAUUACCCCAUUGCAUCAGGCUAUGACCACGCUAUAAUGUCAUAGUUGCACGUUAUUUUGUGUUAACCAUGUCUUAGGUAGGCGUAACCAGGCGCUCAGCGGCGUCUCGGCUUGCCAUUACCCGACUUUCUGGAAUCGCUACCCACCGAAUUUCCAAUCCCAAAUCCAAUGAUAUCCAACACAUGCGUUCAAUCUAAGCAGAAUACCUCACAUGAAUGGCCGAUGUAUGCGACAUUUGCAGAAAUUGGUCCCCUAGAGUCGUAUCUAAAAUAAAUUGGAAAGUGGCCAGUAUAUGGAAGUCCAUAUAAGUAACCAUCGUCACCAACAUUCCUCAGGAUUUCUAUAUCUAUUAUAUCAUCAUCACAAUUACUGAACAUAUACAACUCAUAUAGCUUGAGUAACCUAGAACAAGGUUCAUUGAGACUCAAGCUUCAUUUUAAUAUUCUCUCUCCUCCUUACUAGUUACACCAAGUCGGAGACCAUAACACAACAGACAAAAUGACAGAUACACACCAAGCCGAGAUCGAGGCGAUCCGGCCAUUCGGCAAGGCUCGUUCUACCAUAACGGGUGAACCAUUAUCCAAGGAAGAAAUCGAAAAGUACACUGAUUUCUUCAAGGCCAGUCUAUACCUCAGUCUUGGCAUGAUCUACCUCAAAGAAAACCCUCUCCUGAGAGAACCAUUGAAGGUUGAACACAUCAAGGGCCGACAAUUAGGUCACUUCGGAUCUGCUCCAGGUCAAAUUUUCACAUACAUGCAUUUCAACCGAUUGAUCAAGAAGUAUGACAUUGAUGCCCUCUUCGUCUCUGGCCCGGGUCAUGGCGCCCCCGCCGUCAUCUCCCAAGCCUACCUCGAGGGCACUUACUCCGAAGUCUACCCUCAAAAGUCCGAAGACCCCACUGGUAUGCAGGUCUUCUUCAAACAGUUCAGUUUCCCCGGUGGUGUGGGAUCACACGCUACGCCUGAGACCCCCGGUAGUAUCCACGAAGGUGGUGAGCUUGGUUAUUCUAUCUCGCACGCCUUUGGUACCGUUUUCGAUCACCCUAAUUUGAUCACCGUUACUAUGGUUGGUGAUGGUGAAGCUGAAACUGGUCCAUUGGCUACGGCUUGGCACAGCACCAAGUUCUUGAACCCCAUUUGCGACGGUGCAGUUCUUCCGGUUCUACACCUUAACGGUUACAAGAUUAACAACCCUACCGUGCUCGCUCGUAUCUCUCACAAGGAACUUGAACAAUUAUUCUACGGAUAUGGUUGGCAACCAUACUUCGUCGAAGGCGAAGAACUUGAGUCUAUGCAUCAAGCGAUGGCCGCCACCCUGGAACACUGUGUUCUAGAGAUUCGCAAGUAUCAGAAGGAAGCUCGUGACUCGGGAAAGCCAUUCCGCCCACGGUGGCCUAUGAUUGUCCUCCGUACACCUAAGGGCUGGACCGCACCCCGUAAGGUCAACGGUCAUUACCUAGGAGGUUUCUGGCGUUCCCACCAAGUUCCUAUCACCGGAACUACGACUAACCCCAACGACCUUAAGACACUUGAGGAGUGGAUGCGUGGCUACGAGCCUGAGCGUCUUUUCGGCAAAGAAGGCAGAAUCUCACCUGAAUUGAAGGCACUUUGCCCCACUGGCACUAGGCGCAUGAGUGCAAACCCCGUCGCUAAUGGUGGUAUAAUAUCAAAACCGCUCAAAAUGCCUGAUUUCAGAGAUUACUCUAUCAAGGUAGACAAAUCCGGUGCUACGGUUGAGGGCAGCAUGGCAAACUUCGCUAAGUUCUUACGCGACAUCAUUAAGAACAAUCCGGACAACUUCCGUCUAAUGGGACCUGACGAGACCGAGUCUAACAAGCUCGCAGCCGUAUAUGAGGCCGGUAAGAAAGUGUGGAUGGGCGAGUUUUUUGAAGAGGACGAAGACGGUGGUAAUCUUUCACCCUUCGGAAGAGUUAUGGAAAUCUUAUCCGAGCAUACUUGCGAGGGUUGGCUGGAAGGUUAUAUUCUGAGUGGCCGACAUGGCAUGCUUAAUAGCUACGAACCCUUCAUCCAUGUUAUUGACUCUAUGGUCAACCAGCACUGCAAGUGGAUCGAAAAGUGCUUGGAAGUCGAAUGGCGUGUUAAGGUCCCUUCGUUGAACAUUCUCUUGACGGCCGUGGUCUGGCGACAGGAUCACAAUGGUUUCACACACCAAGACCCCGGUUUCCUAGAUGUCAUCUGCAAUAAGAGUCCCGAAGUCGUCCGUAUCUACCUUCCACCUGACGGAAACUGUCUCCUUUCCGUCAUGGACCACUGUUUCCGAUCCCAGAACUACGUCAACGUCGUGGUAGCAGACAAGCAACCCCACAUUCAAUACCUCACAAUGGAUCAGGCAAUCGAGCACUGCACCAAGGGUAUCGGCAUUUGGCCGCAAUUCUCGACAGACCAAGGCGAGGAGCCCGACAUUGUCAUGGCCAGCUGUGGUGAUGUUUCAACCAACGAGUCGCUAGCUGCCAUUGAUUUAUUGCUGCAACACUUCCCAGACCUCAAGAUUCGUUGCGUCAACGUGGUUGAUCUGUUCAAGCUGAUCCACCAUACGGACCACCCUCACGGAUUGACGGACAAAGAAUGGGUAGCCCUCUUCACCGCCGACAAGCCCAUCAUCUUCAACUUCCACUCUUACCCCUGGCUCGUCCACCGUCUAACCUACAAGAGGCCCGGCAGCACGAACAUCCAUGUACGCGGCUAUAAGGAGAAGGGUAACAUCGACACGCCCCUCGAACUAGCUAUCCGCAACCAGACCGAUCGGUUCAGUCUAGCUAUGGAUGCUAUCGAUCGUAUGCCGACGCUUGGUAACCGCGGCGCGGCAGCACGUGAUGCGCUCAAGAGCCAGCAGGUCGCGGCGUCGAACUACUCGUUCGAAUAUGGCGUCGACCCACAAUUCUUGAGUGAUUGGGCAUGGCCUCAGGAAGGCGUGAAGGAGAAGUUACAGAAGCUGAGUCUGGCUUAAUUAAACAGAUUAGCGAGAAGUAUGAUUAUGACGUGUCAGAUAGAUGAGAUCGCAUAGGAUUGAAAAAGGAAAGCUUGGGUUGCAUGAGGGGAUGGUGUUUUGUGGUUCUUAUUUCCUGGGCGUUCAUGACUUGGUUAGGAUUUUGGGAUUUAUUAAGAAAUUACCUCGAUAUAAUGGAUGAAUGUUAAAGUUAUGGAUAUGUUCAAUAUCAAGUACGAACUCUUGCACUGGAAGUAUUCCCUCUACCCUCUUUGGUGGAUUGUGAGUACCCAUUAAACAUACCGUGAUUAUAAGACUUCAUAACCCACACAGCUUAGACUAAACUCCAACAAAGACUAUUUUAUCGAGAAUCGCUCCUUUUCCU